AUGUCUCAACGUGCUAACGGGGAGGUACGCACGCCUGGUGGGCGGAAUCGCCGCUCAGACCGGCUCAGCGCAAAAGCAAACUCCUUUACCGCAGAAUCAGUAGUCACUAACGCCACAGCGUCCGCUGCGAAACGCACUACGACGACCUUGACCAAGGUCGCCAACCGCAGAUCAAAUGCCUACGGCGCGAGCGGUCGCAUUGGAGCCCCUGACAAGCUCCCGGCUGCCCCCGCUACAGGUUUCACCCAGGCCAUGGAAAGCCAGCUCGAAAAGUACGCCAAUGGUCAGGAUGAGGAGGAAGAAGAGGAGGAAGAGGAAGAGCAAGAUCACCGGGAUGACAGCGCCAACGAACUUGGUAGCGGUCGUCCGUCACGCUCCGUCAAGAAAAUCCCCAACAGCGGCAAGCUCUCGCCAGACGCCGCGCGCAACCCCACAUCCAAAUCAAAAGUCACCCCCGGCUACUCUUUCAUCGACAGUGAUGACUUCAGUCACAGCGAUGAUGACUUUGCAGCAUCUGUCGGCAACACCACCAAGUCUUUUGGCCUUGCUCACGAGGCUGGCAUGCUUGUCUCUCAGGACCCAUUUGCCGGUGGACCCAUCCGGGACGAGCCUAGAAGCUCACCUUUCGUCCAGCCUGCAGCACCAAACCGCCAGCCUGAAGAAGCAGCGCCAACCACACAAGAUCCCUUCAUCAAGCCUGCAGCACCGUAUCGCAGGCCCGCCAGCCGCACAGUGAACGGAGCACGGACGCAAGGACCAACCCCAGUUCUGUCUCAAGGUCCUGUUCGCAACAAGACCCCGGAUUCGACUAAGAUUCCCAGUCAAGCCGAGAAGCCUGUCAAAACAUCCAUUCACGAUCAAGUGCGAACUAGGGCGAAUGUGAAGCAGCCUGUCCGCGCUACAACAGCUGAAACCGAAGAUUCCCUCAAGGAGCUGAUUGCCGAAGAGCAGGGUAGGCUUCACCAACAAGGUCCGCCAGCACCGCAACUGCAGCGACAGGCUGAGCGACGUCGCCCUCACCAAAAAGACAGAGUCGAGCUCAACGCGUGGCUCGGCGAUGUAGAGCCGCCCGAGUUCGACGAGCCGGCGUGGGCAUGGAAGAAGCCUGUGACGUGGGCCUUUGCAGCGUUGGCUGCUUUCCUGCUAUUGGGAUGGCUGACCUCGUCCUACAUGAUGGCGACCGAGCACCCCGAGUCUGCAGCGCGGACACCAAAUCUCCUGAAAGCCGUAGGUGCUCGUGUUGGCUAUACAUACGAAUGGAUCACAGAUAUCAUCACUCCCCCAAGAGGUUCCACGGAUGCUGAACGGCAAGUUCAGCUAGAAAUAGAGCGCGCCAAAGCCUACAAAGAAAACGGUGAAGAUCAUUUCUUGUGGGGCCGCAUGUCUACUAUGGACGAGAAGUUCAGCAAAAGCACAAGGGAGAUGAGGGCAACUCUUGAGGAGCUGAGACACGAUUUGCCGGAUAUGAUGAUAGUUCGUCGCAAGGAGGAUGGUUCGACGGAGAUAUCAGAAGAAUUUUGGUCUGCUUUGCUUGGCAAGGCGCGUUCGACUGAGACGGAGGCGGACUGGCAUGAUUUUCUGGAAAGAUCUAAGAAGAAGCUCCAAGAUCUCCUCAACCCAGCUCUGCACCAGGACCGCGGCUACACGUCUACAUGGCCCGAAGCAGUCACACGCGAAGAGUUCAUCCGUCAGAUUGAGAAGUCUUACCAGGACAUGACUGUCCGAGUGGACAAGAAGAUCGACGAGGCCAUGCGAGCCCACAGCACCCAGUUCCAGACGAUGGUGCAAGCAGAGACCCGAAAGACCAUGAUGGACCAGAUCCGGCUCAAUUCUCUAGCCCAAGCUAACCUCGUCGCAAACUACGAACACCACCUCACCAAACCCAACUACUUCGCCCCUGGCUUGGGCGCCAUCGUCGAGCCCGACUUAUCUUCUGUGACCUUCAACAACAAGCCUGGUCGGUUCUACGAGUUUGUGCGCCGCGUGACGUUUAUGCCUGGACAGAACCCGCCUAUGGCAGCGCUCACCAAGUGGGAAGAGCCAGGCGACUGCUGGUGUUCUGCUGGACAGAGCGGGACCUCAGCCGGUCAGGCUCAGCUCACAGUCCGACUCCCACGGCCUGUCAUCCCCAAGCAGGUCACUAUCGAGCACGUACCCAUGAACAUGAUGCCGGCGCGCAACAUCUCCAACGCUCCCCGCGACAUUGAGCUCUGGGUCCAGACGGACGCGCCCAUCAACCCCUAUUACUCCCAUCGCCAAAUGGCAUGCCAUGACCCGCCACCGCACAGCAUCAGUGGCCCCGCCUGGAAGUGCUUGGGGUCAUUCAAGUACAACAUCCACGCGUCGAACCAUCUCCAGACGUUUGAUCUCGCUGGCGAGCCGUCCGAGCCUGUUCGGAGAACCAUGGUGCGUGUAAUUAGCAAUUGGGGUGCUAGUCACACGUGCCUGUACCAGGUGAGACUACAUGGGACGGACGCACAAAAGGACUUUGAGUACCCGGUCAGCCUAAUGGAUUAG